AUGAUUCAAACCCUUCGAUACACUCAGAGAGCGAUUUCCACUCGACUAGCAACUCAAUACUACCGGCAAUUCGUUUGUGUCUCUGCGAAACCAUCUCUGCAGCGCACAUUAUUCACUACCGCCGCAACCAAACCUAAAAGUCUAUUACUGCGACGAUCUGAUGCAAAGCCUAAUCAUCAGCAAGCACAUGACCUCCUCAAAUCAAUUGAGGAAAAGCAAGCGCUUGACAGAAAGAAAGCAGCCGAUAAACUGGAAAAGAGUCAACAAAAGAAGACCAUGUGGCAAAAGGUCAAGGCUGAAGCUGUCCAUUACUGGCAUGGUACCAAAUUGUUGGGAUUGGAGGUACGCAUCUCUUCUCGGCUGACCUGGAAAAUGCUGCAAGGCACAAAAUUGAGCAGACGAGAAAACAGACAGCUUCGUCGUACAACUUCAGACAUUGUGCGAUUAGUUCCCUUUGCCGUCUUUUUGAUUGUGCCAUUCAUGGAGUUGUUGUUGCCAGUUGCUUUGAAGCUGUUUCCCAACAUGUUGCCUAGUACAUUCGAGAACAAAAAGAUCCAAGACGAAAAGAAGCGGAAAUUGCUCAACGUUCGACUGGACAUGGCUCGGUUCCUACAAGAAACGAUUGCAGAAUCAGGAAACAACAAUGUGUCUAGUAACAGCAAUGAUGAUUUAACAGCUGGGCAAGAGUUUGUCCAGUUCUUUAGAAAGGUCCGCAUGACAGGAGAGCAAGCAUCCACGGACGACUUGCUCAAGAUUGCCAGUAAAUUUGAAGAAGAGCUGACAUUGGACAACUUGUCGCGACCUCAACUCGUGUCCAUCUGUCGAUACAUGAACAUCAAUGCGUUUGGCACCGACAAUUUCUUGAGGUUCCAGAUUAGAAACCGAAUGCAACAAUUGAAAAAGGACGAUCAGGCGAUCCAGCAGGAGGGUAUUGAUCACCUUACUACGGUGGAACUGAAUGCGGCAUGUGCUGCUCGAGGUAUUCGGACAUUAGGCAACACCUCACAACGACUGCGACAGGAACUGGCACAGUGGCUGGAUCUCCAUUUGGAGCACCACGUACCCUCCACCUUAUUAAUCUUAUCUCGGGCAUUCAGUUUUACGGACCGUAUGACACCUGAAGACGCUCUUCGUGCAACGUUCAACAGCUUGCCUGAUAAUUUAGUCAAUGAAGCCGAAUUGCAAGUGUUGCAAACGAUUGGUGCCAGUACCUACAAGCAGAAAUUAGAUGUUCUUGAGCAGCAGGAGGAGCUGAUCGAGGAUGAAACAGAGCAGGAGGAAAAGGAAGAAAAAGCACGCAGAGAAGAAGAGGAAGGCAAGGAAAAAUCAGAAAAAGAGGGACAGUCAGAUCAAGAUAAUCUCUCUGAACAGCAGCAAAGUGAUCUACGCGAUGCAUUAAAUGCAUUAAGAUCCAAAGUGGAUGGAUUGGAACAAAGGGCACAAUUGAACGAGAUUAAAUUUCAUUACCAGGAUUACAAAGAUCUGAUUGAAGAACUCAAGGUGGCUACCCACAAUGAACCCAAUGUCGCAACACUUCGCCUGGGUAAACGACUAGAAAAGAUGCUUCAAGUCAUUGACAAGGAGCUAGAUUCGCUUGAGAAGAGCAACUAA